GCAUUUUGAUUUGUAUUUUAAAAAAGUUUUAAUAAACUAUUAGUUUUAUUUGGAGUAGAAACCCAAUUUAGAACCCCGAAUGAUAAUUAAAGUUGGUCUAAAACUACAUUUUGAGGUAGCUAUUAGCUCGAAGUUUCCUCUGGUGGAACCCUACAGAAUCACUAUCAAGUUUCUGUCAGUUUUCAUUUUCUUCUUGUUUUUCACCUUUAUCGCAAGAUGUCUGAAUGCUUUGGCUAACUUCAUUGCUAAAACAGUACUCUGUAAUCACAACUCUUGACUCAUCCUCUUAGGUUUGGGUGGAGUCCGUUCUCUUUUAGUAAUCAGUGUUAAAAAAUGGACUCAAACUAGAACAAACCGGGAUGAUCAACGCCAGUUGAUUAGCUUGUGUGUGUAAUUUGAUUUUUAUUGAGGAGAAGAAUUAUCACCGACGUUAGGAAGAGCUACUAGGUAUACAAUGGGGGCAAGAGUAAUGCGAUUGGGUAGCAACACGACUUCGCUAGUUGCAUACACUGCCAUUGGCUUAUGUCGUCAUUUGGAAAUUAUUCCACACUCUUCCAAUAAAAUAUCUCCUUAAAAUUCGGCACCCCAAGAAAGAAAAAUAAAAUGAAUUACAUAAUAUAAUAUGCAAGUAGUCAAUAUUUUUUUUUGUUGUUCAAAAGCCACUUGGUUGUUCUUAUAUGUGACCCAAAACUAUACGUUCUUCACAAGUAAAUUGAUUUUAUUUUCCUUUGUUAAUUUAUUUUCCUUCUUCCACGAGGAUUAUGAACUUGAGAUUAAGCAUCCUUUAGUUCGUUGUGGUAGAUGAGACGAACGAGGAAAUUUUGAAAUAUUACGUUGAACUCAGUCCGUUGUACGACUAACCCACUACUCUGCAUAUCUUAUGUAGUAACGAUUAAUACAUCCAAUUUCGUUGUCUAAUUAGUCACGGAAGACUAUUAACAUCUACAAGCUCCAUUUGCAUCUUCGAACAGAACUCGAAACUCUCAUAGUCUCACUGGUAGAACAUGGAUACCCAUACGGGAAAAAGGUUGUCGAGUUUCUUUCGAGGGAACAUGGAGAGGUUGUCAAAGAUAUAGAAACGUGUUUUGUUGAUUAACAAUAAAUUUUUUAUAGUAAUCAGAUUUUCUUAAUUAAAAGUUAACAGUAAUGGCCGUUAGUUGUGGGCCUACAAAUGGGCCCACGGGUUAUAACGGAUGCUUUGACUAAACAAUAUACAGAUAUGACUUCAUAGCUCGAACAAACAAAAAAAAAGCUCUUCAGUAGAUCGUUUUUCCUCUUUCUCUCACUUUUUCCUUACAUUUUUUGUCUGUGUUCUCAAUCUCUUCAAUUUGAUUUGAUACGAGAAGAAAAUGUCUUUCUGGGAGUUUUGGGUUUUCUAUCCCUUUAGGAAUCUGUCUCCUGUCCAAUCAAUGCUUAUGCCUGCAAAGUGUUUGCUUAUAUUCCUCAGAGAACCCGUAGUUUGUCAAAAAAAAGAAAGAGAAAAUAACUUCUUACUGUUGAACUGUUGUCUUUUGCUCUGUUUUGGCUUGCUUGUUUCUUACAUGAACUGGUCACAAAGUUGAUUUCUUUUCUCCUGUUCUUGUGAUGGGACUGAGCAUUGAUCCAUCUGUGCCUAUAAUGGCACUGAUCGUAGCCAUUCUGGUGGUUCCAGUGGGUUGUCAAAGGCCUAAAGUGGUGAACCUCGGUGCUGUUUUCACUUUUGACUCCGUUAUCGGCAGAGCUGCUAAAGUGGCUCUCGAGGAAGCUGUCUCUGAUGUGAACGCUGACAGAAGCGUUCUCAAAGAAACGGAGCUGCGUCUGUUUAUGGAGGAAUCUUCCUGCAAUGUCUUUCAUGGGUCAUUCGGAGCUUUUAAAGUGCUUGAGAAAGAAGUGGUGGCUAUGAUUGGUCCACUUUCAUCUUCCAUUGCUCAUACAUUGUCAGAUAUUGCCAAAGGGCUCCAGUUUCCUCUCGUCUCAUUUGCAGCAACUGAUCCAACUCUCUCUGCCCUCCAGUUUCCCUUCUUUCUUCGGACUACACCUGAUGAUGCCCACCAAAUGCCCGCCCUUGUGGAUUUUAUCACUUUUCACGGAUGGAAAGAGGUGAUAUCAGUUUACUCAGAUGAUGAGCUCGGAAGAAACGGAGUUUCUUCUCUAGAUGAUGAACUGUACAAGAAAAGAUCCAGAAUCUCCCAUAAAGUGCCGCUGUCAGUGCAUUUUGAUGAAGGCUCCGUUACUGAUGCUUUGAAAAAAUCCAAGUCCCUCGGUCCUCGAGUCUAUGUUCUUCAUUUUGGUCCUGACCCGUUGCUCAGAAUCUUUAGGAUAGCGCAAAAGCUGCGUAUGAUGACCCGUGAAUACGUUUGGCUCGCCACAGACUGGCUUUCCGUUACCUUAGAUUCUUCGUUGAGUGACAAAGGUACUUUAAAACGUCUUGAAGGUGUAGUGGGGAUUCGUCAACACAUCCCAGAAUCCGUAAAGAUGCACCAAUUCACACAUAAACUAAAAAGCAACGGAUCAAUGAACGCCUACGCGUUGCAUGCGUAUGAUACAGUGUGGACGAUCGCAUACGGCAUCGAGAAAAUGCUGAAUGAAGGAAUCAACAUAACAUUCUCUUACUCCGAGAAGUUAAUUCAUGCAGAAGGAACUAAACUGCACCUGGAGAGAGUCAAAAUUUUCAAUAGCGGGAAGAUACUACUUGAGAAACUUCUGCAGGUGAACUUCACUGGUAUAGCCGGUCACGUUCGGUUUGGUUCUGGUCGAAAUGUCAUUGGCUGUGACUAUGAGAUCAUCAAUGUAGGCAAAACCGGUGUAAAUACUGUGGGUUUCUGGUCUAGAAAUGGAGGAUUUUCAGUUGUACCCCCAGAUUCUCGACACACACAUAAGAAGACUGGCUUUGUUUCUGAUGAAAAGCUUGGUAACAUAACCUGGCCUGGUGGUGGCCGUGAAAAGCCGCGUGGUUGGGUCAUUGCAGACUCUGCAAGUCCACUGAAGAUUGUUGUCCCGAACAGAGUGAGCUUUGUCGAGUUUGUGACCGAAGAAAAUAACAGUAGCCAUCAGAUCAAAGGACUUUGCAUUGACAUUUUCAAGGAAGCGCUGAAGUUUGUCCCUUACAGUGUUCCUUACAUAUUUGAGUCAUUUGGGGAUGGCCACUCAAGUCCUAAUUACAAACACAUUAUUCAAAUGGUCACGGAUGGCGUAUAUGAUGCAGCUGUUGGGGAUUUUGCAAUAGUCCCAACCAGGUCGAAAUUAGUAGAUUUCUCGCAGCCAUAUGCUUCCACAGGCCUUGUUGUGGUGAUUCCGACUAACGACGACAAUCCGACUUGGAUCUUUCUGAGACCCUUCACCAUUAGGUUAUGGUGUGUUGUUCUAGCUUCAUUCCUGAUUAUUGCAGUAGUCAUUUGGAUCCUCGAACAUCGCAUCAAUGAAGAUUUCAGAGGGCCACCCCGUAAACAACUCAUCACAAUGAUCUUGUUCAGCUUCUCAACUCUUUUCAAGAGAAAUCAGGAAGAUACGAUAAGCAAUCAGGCUAGACUAGUGAUGAUUGUAUGGCUCUUCUUAUUGAUGGUCCUAACCGCGAGCUACACAGCGAAUCUCACCUCAAUCCUCACAGUCCUACAACUUCCUUCUGCCAUAACCGGCAUUGACAGCUUGCGGGCAAGUGAGGUGCCUAUCGGUUACCAGGCUGGAACUUUCACUUUAGAGUACUUAACCUACAGUCUCGGCAUGGCUCGGUCUAGGCUGGUCCCACUUGACUCGACGGAGGAGUAUGAAAGAGCUUUAAAGCUAGGACCAACCGCUUUCGGAGGAGUAGCUGCCAUUGUUGACGAGCUUCCUUACAUUGAAUUGUUUCUUGCGGAACGGACGGGUUUCAAGAUUGUCGGAGAGCCCUUUAUGCACCGUGGUUGGGGAUUUGCGUUUAAGAGAGAUUCUCCACUGGCUAUAGACAUGUCAAGAGCGAUCUUGAAACUCUCCGAGACGAGAAAAUUGCAAGAGAUUCGGAUGAAAUGGUUAUGCAAGAAGACAUGCGCAGAGAAAUCAGAUGGGAACCCAGAGCCAAACCAGCUUCAUCUCAAGAGCUUCAAAGGGUUGUACCUUGUCUGCAUUGCAAUCUCGGUCUCUGCGCUUUCGGUGUUUGUUUUCAGGAUGGUACGCCAGUUUGUGCGGUACAGAAGGAUGGAGCGUACUAGCUCGAUGCCGCUUGCUUCGUGGUCGUCUUCUCCUACUAUGCGUUUAAAGGAAUUGGUGUUUGGUUUCGUGGAGUUUGUGGAUGAGAAAGAAGAAGCUAUCAAGAGAAUGUUCAGAAGGAGUGAUGACUCUAACAACCCAUCUCAUGUUGUGGAAGUUCAAGCCGAUCCUGAGGUACGACAAAAUUGAUGCGUAGAUUCCACUUUAUAGAAUGAAAAUUGUAAUAUUAUUAGAUAUGAACUAACAUGCAAGUCAACAUUCCAAUCUUUGUUCAUUAGAUUUGAUUGUAACUUGGCACAUAAAAAGGGGGCAAGAGCCAAUGAUUGUUAACAUGAUUGUACCUAUAUACAUAUAUUUCAGAGUUACCAAUAAUUCUAAACUAUUUCAUUUUUUUGGGUCAA